AUGGCGUCCUCAGAGAUACCUCCUCCGUCUAUCAGGCAGGAGGUGCGGAUAGUCCCGCCGGAUGGCUCUGUGUCCGGGGUGGUUGUCCGGGACUUGUUGGUGAAGGUUUCCCCGCUGUCAGUGCCAUCCACGCGAAUCCCCGUAUCAGGUGUUCCGCCGUUAAUCCCGAACAUCCAGCUGGAAAGCAAGCUACGUAGGUUAGGCAAACUGGCAAGCAGCUUCCAAACAAUCAAUUUGGGAUGUAAAGAUCACAAACUGAAGCAUGUCCAGUCUCUGAGGCGGCAGGUAUUCAUGUUCCUGGAGUCCCCUACACAGACACUGGCGUUGUCCUUCAGGCUCAUUAAAACAGAGGGAGAAGCUGCAGUGAGAAGCCAGCGGCUACCUCACGUUGGAGUACAGACACUCAUCGGAGGCGCGCCGCGGCGCAGAACCCCCGCGCAGCCGGGGAACAGAGUACACCACGUCUGGAUCCCCGCUAGGAGCGCUGACCGUGGGGUGAGGGCCCCUGCUGGACAAAUCCACCGCUGCGUAGAUGGUCUUGGCUGGAGCAUCAGGCCUUUGCUUGAGAUGAGUAACUGGCGGAACUCCAAUCAGAGCUGGUUCUUCUCCGUUUUCUUACUUCUGGCUGAGCGCUGUGGGCUGAAAGCAGGCUGUAGUCAUCAGCUCCUUGCAGAUCUCCUCCUGCAGAACACCAGCAGAGCCACUGAGAACAGGAACACCACAAAGGCCAGAGCCAGACCCACCAACAGCAGCAUGUCUGCAGAGAAUGACUUCACCUCCCCCCAUCCAGAUGUGGAGAAGCUGCACUCCAUGGUGCUGCAGUCUGAUCCCAACAUGCUGCUUCAUAUCCACACACAGAGGCUGGCAGCUCUCUGUGGUCCAGGCUGGGACCUGCAGCCGCUCUCAGACCAGGAGGAGCCCGAGACGGCUGCUGAGGACACCUGA